AUGACAAGAAUAAGCAAAAGACAAGAGAUAGGGUGGUGGUGGGGCAGUAUUUUUUAACCUAUCAUCGCACUCAUCCUCGUAUCGCCUCGCUGCUCGCAGUGCUCGGUGCUCGCUGGGCCCUCGUACUCCUCGUAGCUCGCACACACCUCACACUCACACAGUCACACCGUCAGACAACGUAGAGUGUAUACCUAUUGUAGACCGUGAACCAUUAGUUGUAAGUUGUAAGACCGUAUGCACAGUACUAUAUCAUCCUCACUCUACAUUAUAACUUACCCACGCGAAGUGUGAACUCCUGCAAAGCUGCGAACGCGAGAAUAUACGAAAUUACGAAUUACAAAACGAGUACGCGCGCGCGUGUGUAUUUGUUGCGUCUGAUUGCGUACUUGCGUACUUAACUUGCGUGAGUCAGGGUGAAAUUGACUGCUGCUGGUGGUGCUAUGCUAUACUCUGUUCUGUUCUGUAUAGUGCUGGUGUGCUGUGAUGUGUGAUCUGUGAAGCACACGCGUGUUUACCUCACAAAAUUAAAUAAGAAAGGAAAGUUGAUCUUAGGCUUUUUCGGCUCUGUGGGCUGUUUGCAUUCUUGUAAAUCAUCUUUAAGAUCAAGCGACAGCAAUUGAGAGCAUACAACGUACGCAAUGGCCAAGGGACGUGCAGGUGACGGCAAUGGUAGCGAUGAAAGUAGCAGUAGCAAUGACGGGAUCAACCCUAGCUGUCCGAACAAUCAGUCUUUGGGGACCUCGGCUACUGUUAAUACUCCUCGACGAGCAUCCGUCAGAUCGAAGCCCUACGAACCCAACAAUUCGUUUAUCAAAAAGGUUACAUCAAAAGUUUCCGAUUUUAUACCACAAAACUCAUGGAUCAGUAAAUGGAUCAACACUUCACAAGAUGAAAAAGAGUCUCAAAACAUGGAAGCAGAAAAUUCUCAAAGCGAGAGUUACGAGGAAAAACAAUUUCAUCAACCACCAGCGAAACGCGCUCGUAUACGAAUGGAUGUAAUACAUCCUCCAGGAACAUUUGCAAUAAAAUCUCGAGACAGAAAAGUAUCGACUCAAGUCGAAUCCAAAGAUCUUUUUUCAAAUCACAAUGAUACUACUCAAGAUUUUUUAGAACCUACAGCAGCUUCGUUUGAUAAAGUGCCACGUUUAGUAUCAUCAACACCAGCAUUUCCCGUUCGAACGAACAAAUCGUCUGAAUCAAGGUCAGCACUAAACAUGUUGAUGACUGAAGAAAAUAAUGCCGCCGCCAAUGGAGCAGAUGAUAAUUCAGAAACAAGCGAAAGUACGAGUGGGUGCAGCUCGUUAAUUCCACAAAAUGGCCAACAAGACAGACAAUCUGGUAUAAAUUAUCAUUCACCUUUCGGCAAAAGAAGAUAUACAAAUGAAAAAUUCGAUUUAUCAAGUUUUUUACCAUCAUCGAGAUCAUUAUUAUUAGAUGGUAUUUCAAGAGAUACGUUAGCAAAAAGGCAACCAAGUUUCAAUCCGUCUUUGGUUAACAGUUCAGCAUUAGAAAGAUCGUCAUCACUGUCUUCUCCCUUUUAUAUGGGUAACACAAUGUUUGGAGGUGCAAAUGCAGCAAAUUUAUACAGAAGCAACAGCGUCGUAUCCGAACCAUCGCAACUGAGGCCACCGACCCGUACAAGCGUUGAAGUUAACACAUCUAAUGAGGCAUCCAAAAGCGAUCUUUCGGGUAUGAGCACGACAGCUCGACGCAUUCUCGAGACGAUCGAACAGUUUUCGUCGCCAAUUUCAGACGCAAAGAAAAUCCCUGUAAGGGACGUGAUGGGUAGCAAUCGAAGUACCAGUAAUAGUUCCUUGCUGAGUCAAAUGACGUUAAAUGCGAGUCGGAAAAGACAACAUGAAGACAAUUCACCGCGUGUGGGCUUUAGGCACUUGGCACGUGAGCUAGUGAUCCCAACAAGACCAGAUUUAUUACGGUUACGCAGACACCAAAGACUUCAAAAUACAACAAUGAAUGCCAGAAAAAUCGCCAACGCGAGAAAUAUUUCUACGCCACACACGCCGAUUCCAGAGAAAUAUCACAUUAGGUCGGAAGAGGAAGAAGAACCAAAACGUCCAAAAAAUUCAUUGAAAGCUAGGAAAAAUAUUGAAGAAGAAGAUACAGUUGAACCUGUUAAUCUUCCAGCCAUAGUUUUACCAAUAUCGAAUCUUCCUCGUUUUGAUAUAUCUUUGCCAAAACCUUUUUCUGCUGCUUCGUCAGAUAAACAACAAACUCCCAGUGCAAACAAGGACGACUCUUUUAAAUUUGCUAGUCCGAUAAAAUUACCUAAUGAGGAAAAUAAUUUAAAGUCCUUCAGCAACUUCGUAUUUAGCAGACCUAUUUCACCAAGUAAAGUAUCAUCCACGUUAAAUGAGUCAAUGGAGUUGUCAAAAACAUUAAGCGUAGACUCAAACGAUUCAAUAUGCACCCAAGACUCUAUGCCUAACUUUGUAUGGAGUGGUUCAUCUAAAUCUCCUGUGAAACCCAAAGAUAAAAUCAAAGCACAAGACGAGGCAGAACCUAAAGGACCAAAAGUUGCAAGUGAAUUGAAGACAGGUAGUGUGAUGGACUACUUUUCAAAAACUUCGUCGUCGUCUUCAACGAUUACUAUCAGUGAUACAUUAGACGUUUGGGAGUGCAGCGAGUGUUUGAUAAAAAACAACAGCAAAGAAACGCACUGUGUAGCUUGCAAAAGCUCUAAAUUAAAAGUUUCGAGUGAUGUCAUUUGUAUCGAUGAUGAUUCUGAUGAACCUGAAAUAAUAAUGACUGUAGAAAAUAACAAACUUCGUAAAACUAGCACUAAAAUUCACGGUAGUAGUGUCACUCCAAACCCUAGCUCCAUUAUUUUUGGGAAACUUGACUCUAUCAGUCAGUCUGAAUCUACAAAAAUACCUACUCUAAAUUCCACUAAUUCGGUACCUGAUAAAUCAGUGUCGGAAACAAUGUUCAAAUUUAGUAAUGAUCAGUCGAGUAAAUUGUCGACCACAUUAUCCGGCAGUAAAUCAUCGUCAACUUCAAAUGCAUUCAAGGUAGACAAGAGCUCGUGGGAAUGUCCUUGUUGUAUGGUACAAAAUACUCAAAAUGCAACCACUUGUCCGUGUUGCAACACAGCUAAGCCUGGAAGUAUAAGUACGAGUCCUAAGAACACCAUAGGAAGCACAAUAUCGACGUCAACAUCGUUCUCCACGGGCUUUGGCGAUAAGUUCAAGAAACCCGAAAACUCUUGGACCUGUGAAAUUUGUAUGAUUAAUAAUAAAUCGGAUGCUGCAAAGUGUGCAGCUUGUGGGACACAGAAACCUGGUGCAGUCAUGUCCAGCAAUUCAUCAGCCUUGUCAUCAUCGUCGUCUGGGGUGUUUACGACAGCAAAUAGUUUUGGAGACACGUUUAAAACUCCUGAGGGAUCCUGGAUAUGUGAUGCUUGCAUGCUUAAUAACAAACCAGACACGAUCAAGUGCGUUGCUUGCGAGACUCCCAAAACUGGUGGUGCUGCCGAGACUACUCCAAAACUUCAAUUCAAAUGUGAUAAGCCAGCAAGCACAUCGAGCUUUAAGUUUGGCAUUGACAAAGCUGACGAAGUUUCAACCAAAUCUGAUAACGCAGCUCUAAAGAGUUCGUCAAAGACGAACGGUUUUACGUUUGGAAGCAGCACCAGCAGCACUUCGUCUGCAUCGGCCACGAAUUUCAGUUUUGGUGUACCAAGUGCUGUGACUGACAAAAAUAAGCCUGCCAAUAGUAACCCUAUGCAAAGCGUCGCAGGUGGUUUUGUUUUUAAACCAAGCAGUGACUCGGUGGCCAGUGCAGCGACGUUCCAGUUUGGUGCCAAGCCAACAACAAAAGAUAGUCAAGAGGAGGGAAAGUCAGUGGCGUCCACGGCAACGUUUUCAUUCGGAACACCAGCUAAGACAGAUAUAAAACUACCCACUGGUGGCUUUGUGUUUGGAUCACCGAUAAGCACAAGCACUGACAAAAAAAACGAAGAAAAAAAGGACAAGGACGAACCAAAGCCCGCUUCCUCGGCUGUAUUCACGUUUGGCAUAACAGCUGCGACGGCUCCACAAACUAACAAAGAUACAGCUAGCGAUGACAAGUCGAAACCAGCAAGUGAAACACCAGUGGCUAGUGAUACUGUUUUUGGCUCAUCUAAGCCUGCUUCCAGCUUCCAGUCUAAAGUUGAAACAACGCCUAAACCAGUUGUUUCAGAAAGUGAAGCAUCAAAAUCGACAACCGAAACAUCACAAACCACUGCCAACUUCUCUUUUGGUAGUAACUUAAGCAAAGAAAACCCCUCACCAUUCGCAUUUGGAGUACAGUCUGGCAAAACUGUUCCUACUACCACAACACCUUCGUUACCAGUAUUUUCAUUUGGUAAACCUGUUGAAACAACAACAGCAGCAGUCCCAGCACCUUCAACAUCUCAGCAGGCCGAAAAUAAAACUGCUGUUCUGACAUUCGGAAGCCCUGCUGUUUCAACUUUUGGACAAACGAACCAAACAACUGUAUCUAUUUUUGGUGGCACCAACGCAACUCCUGGACCAGCAGCUAGCACUAGCUCAACUGAAAGCAAAUCGAUAUUCGGUGUCCCAGAUAACAAAACUGCACCAAGUUUCAGUGAAACUAACCCGAAAACACCAAAAUUCGGUACCACAUCGACAGAAAACAAACCAGCAACUGAGACGUCGAUAUUUGGAACCAUAACACCAAAUUCUUCACCGUUUGGAUCGAGUUCGAGUACAUUCGGCAGUGGAUCCGGGUCUAGUGCGACACCAAAUCUCUUCAGCACGACAAAGCCGUUGGAAACUACGACAGCUGCUUCAGCUACUUCGGGCAUAUUCACAUUUGGACAGUCCUCGAAAACACCGGCUUCAACAACGGGUGGCUUCAAUUUCAGUGCAGGCUCAAACGCAACAGUUACCAGUAAUGAUAACACUACCAACAAUGAUCAAAAGGGUAUUUUCACUUUCGGUGCAGCAAGCAAUAGUUCCGUAAACAAUGGUAGCUUUGGUGGAUCGUCAACCUUCAGCGCCACGCCAGCUGCUACGCCAAACUUUACUUUCAACGCGCCAAAGCCUGCGACUUCAACCUUUGGUGGAGCUAAUACGCCCGCACCAAUGUUCAAUUCUCCCGCAGUUGUACCAAACGCUCUAACGCCUUCUACUAGUGGUUUCAAUUUUGGUAGUACAAGCGUACCCGGUAGCUUCAGUUUCGGGAGUGCCACUGCACCGACAACUGGUACGUUUAAUUUCAAUGCACCUGUUGGAAGCGCACCUCCAACUUUUGACCCUAAUUCUACGUUCAACUUUACGACAGGUAGCGGUUCGAGUGCUCCACCUGCGAGAAAAAUUAAAAAAGCAGUCAGAAGAAUGCCACGGCAGUAGACACGUCUGUUCAUGUGCAAACUUUAUAGUUUUGAUCAUUCACAUGGAGAUGAAAAUUAGCUGUGAGAAACAAUUAUACAUCGUAGGAAAAGAAAGAAAAAUGCAAAACAAUGUGCCAGUGCAGUGAAAUUCCAGUGGAGUACUUUAGUUUUCCUUUUUCUGUUAGUGGUACUUACAAGAGAGUGUAAACACUUUUCUUUCAUCCACAUGUGGGGACUUUUAUUGUACGUAUUGUAAAUUAUCAAAUUUAACCAGUCGCAGUAAAGAAAAAAAUGCAAAUUAAAUCCACGACAGAGCAAUGCUGGGCUAAUGAGAAUGCAAGUGUUCUGUUGUGUCUGCUCUCAAGUAAGUAUGGUAAAUCGAUCCUGAAGCCCAUUUCGACGUUCCUUAUUUAAAACUGAGCUUGAACCUUGAAAAAAUUUUAACACAGUUAUAUGCUUAUUGUUAUAACAUUUGUUUUCGUUUCUCAAAGCUUAACUCGAUGAUUAUUUAUAAUUUUUGUGUGCAAAGUAGAAGAUAAAUAAGCGAGAAAUGAUUCACAAAAAUAUCUCCACGACGUUCGUAAAAAGAUUUCGUUUUAAAUGUUUUAUAAAAUGUUUUUUUGUAGGAUUUAAAAAGUGAGAUAAAGGUUACGACUCUUAAUAUUAUUUGAUACAAACGCAACGAAUCUUUUUUCGAAAAGUCACGGUAAACUUUUGACGUUAAUUUUGAUUGCUAAAGUAAACUCGUUAGUAAUGAUCCAUUAUAUUCAAUUUAGUUAACUUUAUUAAACUAAAUUUGUAUCUAUAAAUAACAAUUUUAACAUAUUUUAGACAGUCUACUAUUGGUUGGUCCUACGAUUACGCCGUGAAUGUCGUAGUACCAUCCAACAGGCUGAGCAUUGUAAUAUACGUAUAAUAAAAGAAAAUAUGCAAAGAAUUAUAAUACAAAACAUAAAAUGGCAUUUGGACGAGUACAAAGUACAUAGAAAAUUUUUCUCCUUGUACGUAAUUGAAAUUGUAUAUUUUUUUUAAAUAUUGCGCUGAAUAAUUAACAAACUCAUUAUGAAAAGUAAUAUAGCUAAAUGCCAUUUGGUCUAUAAAUAUAUUUAUAUAUGUUAUAAAUAUUAUACAGAAUAAAAAUAGAUUUUCAAUGGGACCUUUAAA